AGUAGACUUGCACCGUAUAGAUAUAUAUAUACUUAUAUUUACACAUACACAUCCUUACAGGCUCAGCUGAGAGAAGCAGAAGGGCAGUAGCUGUGGGUAUAAUGAGUUGCCCCUCUAUCUGCAGACUGCAUCGCUGGGGGUAUAUAUGAAUAUAUCAAACCUAUAGGCUUCUGAAUCAUGAAGGUUGUGCUGCUGAAGAAGUGUUAUUAAAUCAAAAAUGGCAGCUCUGUAUCUUGGAGCAAUAUCAUUUCUUCUGGCAGUGGUUCACACACUCUGUGAUAUCAGAGUAGACCAAGCCCCGUUUGCUUCUGGAAUUAUUGGCUCCACUGUCAACUUGCCUUGCCUUUUAAUUGAUGCCGAAAAGCAAGUGACCAGAGCACAUCCCUAUUGGAUAUUGCAGAAGCCAAACCAGUCUGAAGAGACUCUGUACCCCAUCAAACCCGGUGAGGAGACCCGUGUUCAGCUCAGGAAUGAGGACUGGAAAGACAUGUCAAUAGCCUUCUCCAAUGUACAGCUUUCAGACACAAGCAAAUAUAUAUGUCGUAUAUCUGUGCUUAAAGGGUCAGAAUCCCUCUAUUUGGCUGGAAAUGGGACAAUGCUCUAUGUUCAUGGUCCAAUCCAAAUGGAUUUCAAUAGCUCACAUGUUAUGUGUAAGGCUCAAGUCCAGAUGACAGAAACAGUCAGUUUGGUUUGGAACUUUACAUUUGGGGACAUGUUACGUGGGGAGCAGCUCAGUAGCAAACAACAGAAUCCAGAUGGUUCGUUUUGGAUAAGCAGCCAUGUUCCAAUUCAGCCGCAGUGCACAGCCAAUGGAAACAUGAUGUUGAGUUGCUCACUCAAAAAUAACAAGGGAUACAUCAUUGAUGAGCAGAGUGUUGAGUUUCCUUGUCCAGCUCCAAUAGAAAUGAAUUUCAACAACACACAUGUAACAUGUGUCAGUCAAAUUCAAGAGGCACAAAAUAUCAGCUUCGUGUGGGACUUUGGACACUGGAAAAGGGUGCAUGGACCAGAGCUCAGUGACCAAUGGUGGAACGCAGAUGGCUCAUACUGGAUUAAAAGCAGUGUCACACUUCAUCAAGAGAGGUGCACCGCAGAUGGAAAUGUGACACUUAGUUGUUUACUGAGGAACAGCUUAGGGUACAGCUUUCAGAACCGGAGCAUUGAGGUUCCAUGCACAGGUGGCUCAAAAUCUAAAGGACACCAUCCAGGUCUUUUUUUCUCUCUGCUGUUGGGAAGCACAUUGCUGAUCCUGUUAUUGGUGCUCCUCUUAUUCUACAGAAGAAGGCAAUCCCGAAAUCCAAGCCAGAGAUUAAAGGUGAAUGCUGCCCGGCCGAUCCCAACUGAAAUCUAUGUUCCAUGGAUACCCGUUUGUUCCUUGAUUGGAGGACAUGUUGGAAAAUGUAAUCUGCAAGUGUGUGAUACAGUAUGUGCCUAAGUAUUGUGCGUCGGCAGAUGGGAAAAUGAACAGGAGUUGCAGCCCGGGUUUACUUUUUAUUAUUUAUUAUUAACAUGUAUUUAUAUAGCGCCAACAUAUUGCGUAGCACUGUAAAGUAACUGUGAUUAUACAACUACAUCACAUGAAUUACAUACAUAAUGUACUUCCUGCUGUUCUAGCCAUAUGGGCUCCUUGUAUGGUAAUGGUCUGUUUGGCCAGCGGGCUAAUGUACUGAACAUACUUUUUGUCCAUUGUCUUAAUCAAAAAUUUCUAUUGUUUUUGCUAUUUCUUGGGCUAAACAGGGGAAAGACAAAACACAGAUAAGCCCUGUGUAUAAUGAGCUCCUCCUUAUCUAAAAGCCUGAAAGAGAGAUUACAAUCGGUGGCAAAAAAGAGUGUUUUGUUUCUACAGAACUCAUUAUAGUAAAGGUAAAAACAAAACUAUCAUCCAUCAGUGCUUUUUAAUAGACACAAAGGAAUAACAAUAAAACAUUCAUUAAAAGGCUGAAUAGGCAGAAAUAGGCAGAACACAUUAUUGUGCUGCAAUUAAACAAAAGGGUAUAUAGGCUAAUAUUGACUUUUUAAAAGUCUGCGUUGGGAUAACAAAAUACAUCAUAUUUUGAUCAUAACUUUAAAAUGCAGCUGAAAGCAAAUAGAAACCCAACCUAAGGGAAUGUGGUUUUCCCCAAACAACUGAAAAAUAUUUUUCAACCCAACUGUCAAUUACCUGAAAC